CACUAAUAAUAAUAGUCUGUCAAUAGGAAUAAUAGUCUGUCAAAUAUCUAGUUUCGGAUGAUAAAAAAAAUAAUUUAAGAAAUUAAAGAUCGAUCAAUCGUAUUUAGUUUCAUAUGAAUCUUCGCAAUCGUGUUAUCUGUGGUAUUUGAUAUGCACGUACGUCCCUGCAUCUACCCCGCAUUACUCGAUAGCAAGAAGCAUUCGCGUAUAGGUUUUAGCCGCUUAGUCGGUCUCUCGCGUUAUAAACCUUUGCAUCCAAUCUUCUAACGGCGACGAAAUGAGAUUAACGCUCUAUCUGACGUGCUCGACCACUUUGCUGCUAUUACCUUCCGUUUUUGUAAACUCUGAGAGGCAUUUUUACAUUGAUGUCUUUGUCAAAGUGAUAAUGGACAUUCGAAAAUUUUAUUCCGCGGCAACUGUCGUCUUCGCUCAUCCUGGAGACGAAUAUGGCGACUACGGCGAUUUGAGCAUUACCCAUCUAGUGCAUACGUGUUCCCGUAUGCUGGGCCGACACUACGUGGUAACUCUGGACGAUUUACCAAUUUCUUCGAGAUUCGGAAGCAGUAACUAUGUGGGCAGUUUGUAUGAGAAAGUGGUGGAAGAACUCACGCAUUCCCUCAACUUCAGUUUGGAUAUAGUAUCAGAAUUGGAUGAACACGGCAUGUGGAAUCCGAAAAAUCACUCUUGGUCUGGAGUAAUGAAUGAGAUCGUGUCAGGUCGCGCGGAUUUCGCUAUCGCCGAUAUGUCGAUGACGAGUUUCCGAGUGCGUUACGUCGAUUUUACUCUACCCCUGAUAAUAUCUAAGAACAGCCUGUUCAUCAGGGAACCCGGAGUGUGCGGCGUCAAGUGGCUCGGUUAUUUUCAGACGUUCGGUUUGCGCAUUUGGGUUGCAAUUGUCAUGUUAAUAGCGGUUACACCGCUUCUGCUGUCCUUCAUGAAAACGUGUCUCGAAUCUCGAAACACGAUGGAUUUGCUUUCCGAUAAUUUUCUCUGCAUUUGGGGUAUAUUUUGUCAGCAAGCACUUAUAGCAUUUCCAAGAUAUUCGUCGUUACGCCUCGCGUAUUUUACGAUAUUUUUAACGGCGGUACUGAUAACGGCUCAUUACUCAGCGGCGUUGGUGUGCUUCUUAACGUCUUGCAUUCGCGUUCUUCCCUUUCGUACGAUAGACGAAUUCGUCGCCGAUGGUACCUAUCAAUUAAUAAUUCAACGGGGCGGUGCCGACUACGACAUAAUCGCCUAUCAAUCAAUGUACGAUGCGUCGAAGAAAACUUUCUCUACGAAACUGAUGAGAUUAAUGAAGAAGGAAUCGGAACUGCCGGAGAAUAUAGUCGAUGGUUUUGUGCAAAUAUGUAAGGAGAAAAAGGUUGCUUACAUGAUAUUGAACAUUUUGAAGAAAAGCGUCGAAAUGAAAAUUCCUUGUAAAUUGUCUAGCGUUAGCACUGAGAGGAUAGACAACUUAGGAAUGGUCCUGUCCAAAGGCAAUCCAUACACGGCCGUGAUAAAUUACCAUAUACAGAAAUUUUUGGAUAAUGGCAUAAUGAUGCGUUUAAGGAAUACGAGAUUCUUAACGCAUUCGACCGAAAGCAAGGCUUUCAUACCGGUUUACAUGGUCAAUGUAAUCCCAAUUUUGGCGAUUCUCUGCGGAGGCAUUAUUUUGAGCGUCGCUGUACUAAUUAUGGAGAAAAUUUAUUAUCGAUACAAGAAAAAGAAACUUCAAUCUCGGAUCUUCUAUCGUUCGAAAAAACAACUGUUUCUCAAAGGGCAAUAAUCUCACUUCAAACAUAAUAUACAAUUUUAUUUGAUGUAAAUUUUUUAUUUAUUUAAUUUUUUACUUAAAGGAAUAUCUUUAUAUUAGUGAAAAAUAGAUAUUA